CUCCUCCCAUGCCUGUAGAAUAGGCAGUCUGCAGCCAGCCUGUGCACUAAUCUGCAGUUUGAGGUGUUCAGAGAGAAGAGGAUCAAGGAACACACAAGCCACCAGGUGCCAUGGGCCAGCUCUGCUGCUUUCCCUUUUCCAGAGACGAGGAGAAAAUCAUUUUCUGGCAGCUUAUUUCCAUUAACAGAUCCAGACAAGGGAAUAAACACAAAGAUACCAUCAUGCAGGCUGCCUUGCAUAGGGAGUUGAAGGCAGUGUCGGACUUAUUAACGCAGAUAAAGAACACACUGGCUCUUCCGGAGACGAAGGCAAAUAUUUACAAGGAAAUAUAUGGAAUGUGGAAUGGAACGUGAAAAAACAAUAUUCCCUGUUAAAAUAAAGUAUUAAUAUGUUAAUAUAAAAAUAUAAUUAAAUAUUUUGGGGAAGAAUAUGUCAGUUUUGUUGAAAUCACUCUUUUUAUCUAGUUGAUAUGAAAUUUUGUAUAGUAAUUUUCACAUGUUCAUAUGAAAAAGGAUGCAUCAUGAAAAUGUAUAAAGCUUUUCCACUAUUGUUUCUUUUUGAAAAUCCCCAUGUUAGAAGAGCAUAAAAAGUUGAGUAAAUAUGUUUAUCAAGGUGGUAUAUAGAAAAUUAUUGGUUCAGUGAAGUUUUUGGUUCAAAUGUGUGCAUGAUUUUAAAAAAAUCAAAACUGCGGAAAAUGUUGGAGAUUUUUAAAUAAACAUAUAAUGUAUUCAUUGUAA